GGGAUCAGUAAUUGCAGUUUUGGUGGUCAUACUAAUUAUUGUCAUUGUCGCAGUUUAUUGUAGGAAGAGAAAACGAGGUACAGGUGUAAUUCAUAUCGUUCAUUAAUUCUUUAAAAAUUUAAAACAUGUUUUAAAGUUUGUAAGUUCCCGACAGCCAGGUUUAAUAUCAGUCAUGUUUUCACCUGCUACUUUGGUUUUUGACUAAAUGAAUGGAAAGCCCAGUUGAAUUGCUAGCUUUGCCAUAUUUUCCCGAUCACCCUAACCCUAAGAGAUGCCUGCGGCGGAGGAUCGCCUAGUGUCUUCGUCAGGGGUAAUCUAAAGUCGCUCUAUACUCAUGGGAUGACCUCAUCUGCCAACAUGGACCAGCGACUAACCAUUAAAUUUUGAUUAAAUUGUUUUAAAUAAUUAACAAUUAUUGGAUGAGGUUUUUGUAAUAUGCGGAAUUAUAAAGGUCGAGGUAAGCGUUAUCGGCGAGGCUGAUAACGCUUACCGAGACCUUGAUAAUUUUGCAUAUCGCAAAAACCAAAUUCAAUAAUUGUUUUAUUAUACAUUUGUUUGUGUUAAAUAGAUACCGCUUGCUAAUCAUCGCAGGCUUAUUUGCAGAUAACUCAGUUAUCUGCUAGCAGAUGAUAACUGAAUUUUCUGUAGGUUGCGUAAUUGCGCGAUUUAACUGUAAGCUCUUAGCCAAUCAAAUUGCUUUUACCAACUACAAUAUAUAAUAAUAGUUAUUAUUGACAAUUUAAUCAAAAUGUAAUGGCUAGUCGCUGGUCCAUGACUGUUUUUGUUAUGGUUGGUGUAUGCAUAUUAUUAUUCUGCGCGUACAGACAAGAAUUGCUUGUACGUUGCCCCUAUAACGAAAAUAAACAAAUUAAUGAUACCGUCAGUCGAUGAGAAAUAUCAUUUAAAGUCAUCGUGUCAAAUUUCAUGACGAUCGGACUCAAAAUGAAGGAGCCUUGGGCUUUUUUCGAAGAGCGUCGCCGCAAAUUUUUUUUCCGUAGACAGUCGGACUCCUCAUUGAUAGUCGGACGCAUCAUUGAUCCGCGUCCAGGCCUCCGCGCGUUAUCAAUCAAUCCCUUCGUAACUCACUGGUACACCACAUAUCCAUCACUCCACGUUGUUCUUCUUCGACCACGUGUAGAAAGAUGAACGAUUUACUUCGCGAUGCCAUAAUAAAUCUACAAACUUGUUUUUCUGGUUCCGAAAAUACUCAAGAACGGUUAUUGUGAGUUAAAACUAUUAACUAUAUAUCAUCCCUUUUGAAGAGAAUCAGGAUAAGAUAACUAGCGUGCGAGGAAAUAGUGGAAGAUUCAAAGCGACACUAAUCAAUACCACUUUUCACAAAUAGAAGUAUUGCAGAAUACCCUGUGUACGGAAUACAUAUCAUGUAGCCCGGCCACUAUUUCACUGGAUACGUAUAUACCAGAUAUUACUGCCUCAUUCUAAUAUACCAGUUGAAACUAAUUACUAAGACAAUAUUACGAAUUGAUACUAUAAAGGAAAUAUCAUGGAAGACUUUUAAUGUUUAAUAUUAUGCUUAGUAUGUUUUAUAAUAUAAAAUAUUUCUCCCAGCGACGCUAAUUAAUCAUAAUCUGUCAAACACCAAUGUCCGGUUGUGAGGAACAUAUUUGCAUAUAUAUUACACCACAUUUAAGCUCUCUAUAGCAUGAGAAUUUAAUCUAUUACUGCCAUCUAAUUACUGCCACGCAUUCGCGUAUCCACUAACAUAUAGAGCUACCUAUAGCGUGAGAAUUUGAUCUAAUGCUUUAAAUCUAACUGUAUGUCUCGUUCUCAAAAUAACCACUUGACUGCGUAUCCGCGUAUCCACUAGAAUAGAGAGCUACAUAUGACAAUUUAAUCUGUUAAUGCUAAGUCACUAUAUGCCUCGUAGCUACCUUUACCGGGCCACCAUCUAAUUAUUAAUCUGUUGAGAAUAAAUGUAGAUGUAUUAACACAUCGUAUCCAUGAUUUUUGAAAAGCAUAGCUUAAAAAGUGGAUGGGUAUUCUGCAAUUGCAAUCGCUCCUGUCGGAUGUCAUCACCACACAAGGUAUGAAGCCACAAUGUGUCCUGCUCAGAUUUUGACAUCUCAACCAAGCAAUACUGAUUUUGAAAUCACCAAUUGCGAGCGACGAGUAUCCGCUGAAUAUUUUGUUUAAGGGCGCGGGCCAAUGAUGCGUCCGACUAUCAAUGAGGAGUCCGACUGUCUACGGAAAAAAAAUUCGCAGCGUCGCCCCCUAACAGCAACAACAACAAGAACGAUAACAACAACAACAACAAUAACAACAGCAACAACAACAAGAACGAUAACAACAGCAACAACAACAAGAACGAUAACAACAGCAACAACAACAAGAACGAUAACAACAGCAACAACAACAAGAACGAUAACAACAACAACAACAACAACAAUAACAACAGCAACAACAACAACAACAACAACAAGAACGAUAACAACAGCAACAACAACAACAACGAUAACAACAGCAACAACAACAAGAACGAUAACAACAGCAACAACAACAAGAACGAUAACAACAACAACAACAACAACAACAACAACAACAGCAACAACAAUAACAAUAACAACAACAACAACAACAACAACAACAGCAACAACAACAAGAACGAUAACAACAACAACAACAACAACAACAACAACAACAACAACAACAACAACAAUAACAACAACAACAACAACAACAACAACAACAACAACAACAACAACAACAACAACAACAACAACAACAACAACAACAACAACAACAACAACAACAACAACAACAACAACAACAACAACAACAACAACAACAACAACAACAACAACAACAACAACAACAACAACAAGAACAAUAACAACAGCAACGAUAACAACAGCAACGAUAACAACAAGAACGAUAACAACAAAAUUAGCAGCGAUUGGGGACCAGUUCCUGGUCCAAAAACCAGAGUGGCGAGCGAAAACAUGACGAUUUAAAAGAUGUUGUUUCUUCCCUUAUUUGAUAUGCAAAUACCAUACCGUACUUGUGCAUGAUAUCAUAUUUUGAGCGAUAAUUGUUUUUACCUUGGUAAAAGAUUUUACACACAUCUACACAGGCUUAAUUCAUGAUCAUACAUACAUUGAAUAUCAAUAUAAAUUAAAUGCUCAUGUCAAUAAAACGUGCUUCAAACAUAGACUUUAAUCAUAGAAAAACACCUGCUUCAACCUCAACUUUAUUAACUCUUGACUUGAUCUGACAUCAAUUAUGAUGCCGAAAAGAUGAACUUGAGCAAUGAAGACACGAUAAAAUUUGUCUCCGUUUUCUUUGUCGAAAUCAAACUCUGGAGCUUCGUUUAUUACAUGGUAGUGACCACAAUCACAAUCUUGGCAAAUGGUUUGUUGAUUCUCGCAAUCCUUAAAGAUCCACUCAAAUGUUUCCGCAAUGCAACUUCAUAUUUCAUUUUCCACCUAGCUCUUUCAGAUCUCCUUAAUUGCUUCAUGUUCAUGGAAGAAUCACUGCUCUGGCUUACACAAUUUGGCAGCAUUAAUACUUUACCUAAGGCGCUCAGGAUCUUAAAUUAUUUUGUAUUUGAGGUGUUCUUUCUUGUCAAUUUUCCAUCGAUAUUCUGCCUGGCUUUAGAACGUUGUUUAGGGGUUGUGUUUCCUCUUUGGCAUAAAGUCAAUGUGACUGCAAACGUCUGUUACACUUGGUUAGCCAUGACAUGGGUGUCAAGUAUACUUUUCACCGGAAUACGUUACAUUUUCUUGAUUUGUUUUAACCAAGAACAAGUGUAUAAAGUCCUAGCGAAUUUGCUAUACGGGACAUUUGUUGUGGCAACAAUAGUUUGUUAUUCACUGGUUACAUUCUCUGUACGCAAACGACAUUUGACGCUCAAGAUAGACACAUCCAUUUCAAAAGCUACUCGAAAAUCAGCUGAAGUUCGUUUGCGAAAUCAAAAUCGUUUUCUUUGUACAGUAUUUAUCAUUACCGUGGGUUUCUUGCUUGGAGUCAUUCCGGCUACAGUCAGCUCCUUGAUCGUGGACGUGUUUAUCGUGGAAACGGAAAAUGACGUCAUGGUAUAUAUGUUUAACGUAUCUGAUAUGAUGUUACUAUUAAACUACGCUGUAAACACCUUUAUCUAUCUGUGGCGCUUGCCCAAGUAUAGAAAAACAUUCCAAGUCUUGUACUGGCACACGGUCUAGCACAUUGUGCAGAACUAAGACUGGAACCAGUUGUGACGUCACUGCUACCUUUGACCCGUGAGCUCUAUAUGAAUCUGGAGCAAGAACUUCAGUUAUUCGGCCUUUGAGAAAAGUGGUGGCAGAAAUUGACGUCCAAUAGCAGUGAAGGUCGUAAAAGGAACUGAAACUGACGCCCGAUAGUACCAUGUUUGGCAUCACUCUUUGGACGGACGAGUGUUCUCGCUCCAGACAUAAAUGGAGUUCACUGCCUCUGACAGCAUUACUCUGGUUGACAUGAUCCGGACCCUAUACAUUUCCAAAUUAUGUUGACAAGAAGUUUUAGAACAAUAUUAGUUUAGUGUUGUACUUUAUUUUGAACUAAUAAUAUAUGUUACUUGUAAUAUAUAUCUAUCGAUUUAUUCACACUUGUUACCCAUUUCAUGCCUUUUCAUUGUUUUGAAAAUCUUACUGUUCUCUAUGCCACUCAGUCGCUCAUUGUUUUGAGAUUUUUUGCAUUUAUGUGAAAGGCUUGUUUCUCGACGAAUAUUAUUAUUAUUGAAAUGUCUUUUAGUCAUUAGGCAUAAAGAUCUAAGGAAGUGAUGAAAAACUAUCUCAUCCUUUGGUUUUGCUUUUGUUCCACCCCAGCUUAUGCUAACAUUCUUAGGGGCCGCUUAUAUCGCUUUUAACAACAUCGAAUUUAACACUUAAUUGAAGAUUUAUUUUGGUCUAUGCUUGCUUGUGUCAAAAUUAUAGUAACCACGUUAAUUGCAAGGUAUUUUCAGAAUAAUAUAUUGCACAUAUGCGUUACAAAAUAACACGACAUACCACUAUGCAUGUUCAUUGUUUACAACAGUACAUAACAAAAAAUGCUUUCCUAUACUUUGGUAACCUCCAAAUGUACAAAAACGGAUUCGCUGCCAUGUUGAGCAAAAAUGUAAUAUCCAUGAUAGAGAACAACAUUUCGUUACUUGCAGAAGCUGUCCCCUCUGACGUGUACUUUAAUUGCGAACCAAUUACUGUUGGCGUUAUCCCGAAUGUAACAACGACGUUUAUGAUGAGCACUGUAGUCAGAAAACGUUUUUGAUUCUUUAAACGUAGUUUUAUCAUCCGUCUAACAGUUUCUGAUUUUGUAGUGUCAGUUGUUAGAGAGGAACGCUGUUUACGGAGUAAAAUAAACGCUAGGAGAUAAAUGAACACUGUAUAGUUAUGUAAAAUAUACUAGGGUAACCAUCCAUAAAGCCUGUUGCAAGAGUUGGAAACGCAUUAGAUAUUCCAGUAUAGAUACAGUUGACUAACCAGACUACACCAAUCCAUGCAUAAUACAGCCGAGAUGUGACCUUAACUUGAUGCCAUAGUGGAUGAACUAUAGACACAUAUCUUUCCAUUGCCAGGGCAGUCACUGAAGGGAAAGUUAAAAAAUAAAUAAAACUUCCAAUUGUUAAGUGAAUUGUUCCCCAAACGCCUGGCAAACGCAAAGUACUUUUAUACGUAGUCUGUGAUACCAACAGUUCUUCGAAAUGGAAGAACGAGUUAAGUAAAUCAGCGAUGCCUAAAUUCGCGAUGAAGUAGGUUGUUGGAUUGCGGAAACACUUCAGAGCGUUUCUAUAGAUAACGAACAGGAGCAGAACAUUGGCUAUUGCCGCAAUAACGAUGAUAGAUAAGUAAACUGCAAAACUCCAUGCUACGAUUGUUCCUAAAAAUGGUUGUGGAGCGUAUUCGAAAUUGUCGGUAAAGUUGAACGAGUCAUUACUACUGUUCCAGUCCAUGAUAUCUUCCUCCGAUAUGUCUCAGAAAUAUCGUGUGGUCGUAUUUAAUAAUAGUUAAAAUUGGGAAUCCUUUAUCCUGAUUGGUUUUCAAUAUUAAAAUUUAGGCGAUUGAGGAUAAAAUAAACGUUAUACACCAUCGAACAUUUCAUAUAGACGAAUACUAAGUACUGACAAGAGCACAGUAAUUCAGCCCACAUAAUAUAGAACUUAUGGUUUGUGUCUGUUAUAACAUCUAUUUAAAUCUGCACUUGCUAAUUUGCCUCUUAAUUAUAAUAAUAGUAUGCAUGCUUAUCAUAAAGCAAGUGCAAUCGCUCUGUAAUAUUACAAUUUUCACAGACAAUCGUUAAAGGCCGUAGUUUUGAUAUCGAAAUACUACUAUUUUUUAUCUGCCCCCUCUCAGGAUAUCGAAAGGUCCACCCCUAAAGUCGCUGUAUGGCUUCUUAUCUACAUGAUGACGUCAUCUUCCAACAAGGUGGAAGAUAGCUGGCGUCAUGCCUGAUAUUGUUCUUAGUUACCAAGAACUAAUACUGUGUUGUACUAGAACUAAUACAUGAGUACAAACCUCACUGUGGUAGUUUCAGUUCUACAUGUCUGGUAUGGGCAAUGCCUGGUGUCGACAACCCUCCCCCCCCCCCCUUAAUCUUUAAUUACCAUACAUUAAAAAUAAAUUACUUGUCUCGUGUUAAUAAAACUUGCUUCAAACAUAGACUUUAAUCAUAGAAAAACACCUGCUUCAAGUUCAACUUUAUUAAUUCUUGACUUGAUCUGACAUCCAUUAUAAUGAAAAGAUGAACUUGAGCAAUGAAGACACGAUAAAAUUUGUCUCCGUUUUCUUUGUCGAAAUCAAACUCUGGAGCUUCGUUUAUUACAUGGUGGUGACCACAAUGAUCUUGGCAAAUGGUUUAUUGAUUCUCGCAAUCCUUAAAGAUCCACUCAAAUAUUUCCGCAAUGCAACUUCAUAUUUCAUUUUCCACCUAUAGCUCUUUCAGAUCUCCUUAAUUACUUCAUGUUCAUGGAAGAAUCACUGCUCUGGAUUACACAAUUUGGCAGCAUUAAUACUUUACCUAAUGCGGUCAGAAUCUUAAACUAGAGAGGUUAAGAUACCCCGAUUCCGAUUUACGGGUACGGGUGAUAUACACGUACCCGUACCCGUAAAUCGGGGAAUAGCUUGUAACUUAAAGGCCCAUUUACACGGUACGAUUAGUUGUAUACGAUUCUUACUCUGGCGUAUGUGAUCGAAUAAAUACGCGUACAAACGUCACAUUUCAAAUUUCGCCACCAGCGAGCAUCAUUCGUCAGAAUGACAAUCGUAUACAACUAAUCGUAUCGUGUAAAUGGGCCUUAAGAAAUCCAAGAUACUCCGGCGUGAGAAAACCAAUAAGAGAAUGGCAACUUUCGCUGUUGAGCAAAAAUUGGUAAACAAAAUGGCGAUACUCGUACCCGUAAACCGGAACCGGGGUAUCUUAAUCUCUCUAUUAUUUUGUAUUUGAGGUGUUCUUUCUUGUCAAUUUUGCAUUAAUAUUCUGUCUGGCUUUAGAGCGUUGUUUAGGGGUUUUGAUUGGCAUAAAGUCAAUGUGACUGCAAACGUCUGAUACACAUGGUUAGCCAUGAUAUGGGUGUCAAGUAUAUUUUUCACUGGAAUACGUUACAUUUUCUUGACUUAUUUUAACCAAGAACAAGUGUAUUAUAAAGUCGCUGUAUAAAUAAAUGCUGUUUUCUGCUAUUUUAGUUACUAUAUAAAACAAUUCACGACAUAAAGCUUCAUUUCAGCAUCGAUCGCGGUUUGUCGUAAACAUCCAUGUUAAGGUGGCUAUUAAAUGUCUAGAAAAGCAAAUAAAUAACUGUUACCUAUAGUGAACCUAUAGUAUGUGUUGUAUUUUUAUACUAUAACGUACUGUUCCAUCAUUGACUGUUGUGUAUUUCUUUCUUUCAGAAUCGCCGAGUGUAAGGUAUGUACUAUGUUACUACUACAUGCAUGUUAUAUCGAUUACACCUGAAGCAGAGGCUAGUUUUUUGGUGAGAGAUAAACAUCAAGGAUCCAGAGUAAAAUCCUCGAAGCACAUGAGAGAACCAACCAACCUUUGUAAUCACUCUACUUUGAUCUACAGUAGUAGGCUUUGCUCAGCGACAGCGCGCUAAUCUACAGCAGCAACUCGCUAAUCUAUAGCGGCAACAAGCUAGUCUUCAACGGCGGCACGCUAGUCUACAGUAGCAGGCUUAACUCAGGGCACAGAAUAGAGACAAACAGAAGGUCGACCUCAUGGUUGUUCCUAUGAUUUUGCCUUAACGGUAAUUCGUCGUCAAAGUACUAGCCAGUGUGCUUAUGAAUUCACCGCCUGAUAAUAUUCAAAAUGGCGGACGUCCAAGGGGUGAAUCAAUGCCUCUCAUAAGCGCACUGGAUCGGACCAUGUCGUCAAGAUUUCGAUGACGAAUCAUGGCGUGGCAGCGGUUACGCUUUUUUGACUGACGCGACCUUCUGUGUGUCUUUAUUCUGUGCUCAGGGGCGGCACGCUAACCACUGCUGCUGAUCUUGCUCUCAAUGUGAUGCACGGAAACUUGAAACGUAAAAAUUAUGUGCACCUUCGGAGCUCUUUUGCGCCUGGGAAGGAGGUUAGCGUUUAGGCAACUCCUGCCCUUUACCUAAACAAGGCGCCAGCCCUAAGACCCUCAACAUACGUAGAAGCCAGAAGUGAUAUGGCAGGGUAGUUGCGCGCCUAACCACAUCCAUCACUUAGUGGAAAGCAAACAAUUGGGUUUCACAUAACAGUCGGUAUAACAAUAUAGUACUCUUUUUUGUCUUCUUGGAGACGGUUUGCCGCCCCUCGAGGAAGGGGGGAUUCGAACUGUGCAAAAGCCACGUGUGAGACGGGUUAAAGGAGCCUCUCAUAAUUUGAUUCAGAUAAUUAACAUGGUUUGUUGUUUAUUAUCUAUUUAGAAUGACGAAAAAGAGUCCACCGACAACUGAAGUUUCAGAUAAGAAACCGGUAAAUGUUUAUGCAUGUUUUAGUAACCUACUGAGGUCCAGUGAGGACGUCCUCAUAUUUUAAGUAUACAUUUUAAAGUCACUAUUGAAUUUUCUACAUUCCAAUUGGUCGGAAUUGAGCGUCUUUAGCGUUAUAGCUACUCAGUGGCCAAGACAUUUUACUUCACAAUAUUGACAAAAAUGUUGAAUUUCGCAUCCUUUUUCAACUGAUUUCAUCAUAUUUCUUGCCUGCUUUUCUCUUCUUUCGGCUAAAACAGAGGAGGCUCGGUGAAUUUAUGUUUGGAAUCACCAAGUCUGAGGUGCCUUAUUGUUAUAAUUGGUCCACUGUGAUUUUUUUCUUUAAUAAAUAUCAGUAAUUAAUUAAAUUUGCGGGAGAGAUCUUACAUGAACGGUCUGUGCCAGUGUAGGUAGUGGCAAUAAUGACAAGCUUUCGUUGGUAGGGAUGCAACUACUUGAAAAAUACAAGGAGAAGUCGACGUUUCGAGCGAAGACGGGAAGUUAGUAGCGGGGGUCAGGAAAAUUACAUGAUACAUCUGCAGGCCCGUUCAAACAAUGCCAUGCAACAUUUAACAAAUAUAAAACAUUUUCCGUGUUGAUAUAACUCUAUAUCAAUACGGAAAAAAUGUUUUAUAUUUGUUUUAUAAUAUAGCACAAAGAAACAUAAAGAAAGAAAUUUUCCGAAGUUUCCGUGUUGACAUUGGGUUAUAUCAACACGGCUCUUAGCCAAUCAACGUUCAGAAUUUACAAAUGCUAUAUUAUAAUGUCCAAUAUUGUCGAACAAUGGCAAAUUUUCCAUCACCAUGGAUCACUACCAAUUAAACGUGCAUAUUGUUCAACUGGACCCACUAUGCAUCAAACAGUGUUGGAUGAUGUCGACCAAUAUUUCGACCAAGACUUCUUUGAAUGGGGUUCAUUUCAAUACAACACAGAAAACACACAACCAGACACGACAAUAUGCCGCGACGCCAUCUUGCCCGGUGGAGCAAACACAUUGGUAAAAACAUUGCCUCGUCCCAAUGGGAAUAUACGUGUCCUUAUAUAUAGGGUCCUGGUAUUGUUGCUGUAUUGUGCUUGCUCACUUGGUAAGAUGGCGGCGUCGCGAACCCCCCGAGAAGGUGUAUGCAAAUGUACCAACUGCCAGAAGAAUAUAGCUCUGAUUUUGUCGCGGUCCCAUGCAUGCAUGUAAACGGGAUAGAUUUUCUAGUAUAUUUACGUCAUGUAUCCUUUCAGAAACAAGGUGGAUUGUUGUACAGCGAUUCGCCGAAUAUGGACGCACCGCAUGUUCGACCUCCUGUGCAAUACAGGCAAGAUGGGGAUGAUGAUUUUGAUGAUGACGAUGAAUACGAUAAUGAUGGAAACGUCGAUUUUGGAGACAAUUCUACAGUGUCUACACCGUCAUGGGUAUAAACAUUUAUCAAAGUCAAAAAGAACGCCUCCUGCCUUUACUUCGAUUAUAUUAUUAUCAUUUCAUGAUACUGAGUUUCAGUAAGUGUUGAGGGCAGCAAAUGGUGGUCGUAUUCAGGAGUUUUCAUCCUGGUAGGAUCUAGAAAAUCGAACUUUGUCUUUCUCUUCUAUUGGAUUUGCCACUAAAUAGAUUUUCAUUACUACAGACCUUAUUAUAGGAAAUUAACGAUGCACUUUAUUAACGCAGAUUUUAAAAAUUCGCGUUAAUUUAAUUAAUGUUAAUUUAUGUUAUCGUUAAUUUCAAGCAUGCAAAUUUUAGCUGGUUUAAUAUCGUUAAUUAAAAAGACCUUGAUUUGUUUUAUAUAACACGAACUCUUUUAACUCAAAAUACAUCAUAUUAAACCUCAAACAAAAACACCAGUCCACAUUGGCUUAAAUGACUUUAACUUUUAACGUUACAGUUUUGACAUAUCUACUCGCGUUCUGUUUUAAUUGGUAGUAUAUAAUAUUACACUUUUUCUGUUGUGUUUAUAUUCUUCGACACGCGUUAGUUAAAUUAACUUGUUAACCAUAAACUGUCAUAUUCGCGUUAAUUUAAUCAAUUUUAGAAGUACCUGAAAGCAAUUCGCGUUAAUUAGAUGACACGUUAAUUUAUGUCGCGUUAAUAAAGUGUAUCGUUAAUUUCCUAUAAUAAGGUAGUUACACCAUUAAUAUAUUUAUAAUUUCUAGUUUUGCCCUAUACUAAAGGCUGGCCCUACCAUUAGAACUAGCUUUACCUGAUCGAAAUCAGGCGUCAUGCAUAUAUAUGAGCCCUCAUAUACAGUAUAUAUAUGAAACAUUUUGCCCCCUAUAUAGGGCUAGCCUAAGUCCCAUAUAGACGAAAACAUUUUAAUUCUUCAGCCUUCUUGUGGGACUCGUAUAAAUAUACCAUAGAAAACUUGUUCUGUCUCCGAAAACGGUCGUUUGACCAUCAUCUGCUGAACAAUUAUGCUUACGGAAAUCCGUAUUUCUAUUGCAUGCAUGCAUGCAGCAUGGAUGAUCAAAACUUUAGGUUUUACUCAUAGAAGUUGUAUGUAUAUAUUACUAUAUCAUGAAUCAUGACCACUGGUCCAAUUUUUUCAACACACAAACAUUAUGAAUCCUUGGCUGCCUCGUACUCCGGCGCUAUAUAUUGCAAUCAUGCAAUGAUGAGCGAAAGGCAUUACCAACCAUGGUUGUUUAGCUAUAAUGGGUGCGUACGAAGGGGCUGUUGGGAAUGCCUUUCGCACAUCAUUGCAUGAUUGUUAUAUUUCAUCGACACUAAAUACAACCGAAUAGACUAUAGAGACGCCUGAGUACGAGGAAGAACUCGGCCGUUGUUGGACCACAGCUUAAUAGGAAAAGAGAAGUUUUCUUAUCGCUUUACGGAAUUAUUUUCUAAAUGAGACUGCCGUGUUAUAUUGUUCCUUAAAUUGCUACAGAAAACGAAGCCAUUUAAACAUGGUUAGACAAUCGGAAUUCGCCAGGGGAAAUACCGCGUAUUCUAUUUUCUUAAAAAACGUUUUUUAAACUACACCAGAUAACUAAUUAUUUUGACAUAUAUAUAUAUACCAACUCAAGUAACAAAGAUCUGCCAUAAUACGUCAGAAUGGCUAUCAUGCAUGUAGUUGGUAUCUUAUAGUAAUGGUUCAGUUCUGACUUCGUCAUUUAAUAUAUAUAAUAGAUUUCAAUCCAGUUCUGUUUCCAGAUCAGUGGUUUAGAAUGAGUCAAAAUGUCCUAUGGGUCCGCGAUUUUGAAGACAAAUUUUGACUUUUUCACAGUGACAGUGAGAAGGAAAUAUAUAUAGUACGUUUAGUAUUGUCUAAUAGCUGUACAGAUUUUUAUAUAUACUAGUUUAAAAGUGUGACUAGCUACGCGUACGAAUAAAGUAUAUGAGUUCUAUGUAGUUUUGCAUGGUAUUAAAGACACUAAACUCAAUAAGAAUAAACUUUUCAACGAGAGAAAGUCGCAAACUCUGGUCAGUUUUGUUUUAGGAAGCCAAUCGCAAAACAUGCAUGGUCAUAUAGGUACUAGGUAGUUACUUGUAAAACGACGUGUUGUUUGAAAUCUUGAGUUUUAUAAAAAUAUUUUUCGAAAUAAUUAAAUGGCCAAGCACAUGCAUGGUGUUUCCACAAAAGAAAACGUACAAUCUUUAUCUUCACAUUCUUCAUUCCUGGCAGUUUACUUUAUGAAAUUAUUUGAAGUUUUUUUUAGUAUUGAAAAAUUUGGG